UUGUUUACAUGGAAUCACAAUUCAAUCGAUACAUAUCCUUUUCAGGUGACUCGCAGUCGAUCGGUAUCCGACCUUGCCGGUUACUAUCGCUACAGCGACAAGUACAAGCCGCAGUGGCACACAGUUUACCAGACAACACCAUACAGAUGGCGUCGUGACUGGGAUCUGGAUUUCCUCAAACGAUCGCUACUACUACUUUUCACCACUCUACUACAGUACCUACAGUCCAAUAAGACGAUAUUAUUACAGUUAAGGUAUGACUACGACUAUCCAUACUACUACCGCCGUUAUUGGAACUCUGCCUACUACAGAUAUCUCUACGACACCUACACACCCUACAGGUAUCGCUCGACGAUACGCCAUACAUCCUACUUAUUGGACUCGCUUUCGACAUCUCUUGGGCGCCUCAUACCAUACCGUACGCUUGACACCUACUGGCUAACACCUUCAUAUUGGGAUAGACGUUUCAAGGACUGGCGAGAGCUGUACUCCACCACGAAGGAUAUCUAUCUACCAACAACAUUCGAUAGAAAAACACGAUCCUAUUUCGCUACCUGGUCCACUUAA